GCGUGUGCGUGGCCGUGGGGAGGGAAGUUAUUCACCCAGAAGGCUCAAUUUCAAGCUUCGGUCCUAUCGCCAGGACCGACCCAGCAGGAGCGCGGAAGAAAGUUCAAUUCUUCCUGCCUGUAGGGUUUUAAAAAAAUUCACCCCCCCAAGGCACGGGGCCGGUUCGCACGACUCGCCGCUCCGGCUCCACGGCCGGGACUCGCGCCGCGCUGGGCCGGGCAGCGCGUGCGGGGUGCUCGUCACGGAUGACGGUAGCAGCUCGAGAAAAAAAAAGAGCGGACGCGCUCGAGCCGCAGCUACUGCGGGGCCUCGCGCUGUCGCUCCUGUUGCACUUGGCGCUGCGCAAUCAGCGUGCGGAGCGCUGUGUCUGAGCAACACUGUGUCCGCAGAGGACAGGGGCUGUGUCUGAGCGACACAGUGUCCGCAGAGGACAGGGGCCGAGCGACCCGCCCGGGCUGGGCGGAGUUCCUCCGGGCUAGGAGCCAGGGGCUCGCUCUCGCUCUCGCUCCGUGGCGGCGGGGAUAUUCCCAAGGGCGGGACUGGAUCUACAGCGCUGCCUUUAACCCAACAGCACUCUUCUGAGCACCACAAAAAUGGUUUUAAAUCCAACGCUUCCUUAUUAACACGGGAACUUCACUUCCAAACUUCCGUGAGGGUCGGAGCUGGGUCAGCGCUCGACGCCCUGGGUUGUGUCAGGGCGGUGUCGCCGGACCACAUGGCUUACACAGUGAGCCCCACUUCGGGGGGGUCCGUAGGCCCCCAGUACUGCGUCACCAAGGUGGAGCUGUCGGUCAGCGGGGAGAACCUGCUGGACAGGGACGUCACAUCCAAGUCAGACCCCUUCUGCGUGCUGUUCCUGGAGGUCAACGGGAGGUGGUCCGAGAUCGGCCGGACGGAGACGGCGGUGAACAACCUGAACCCCGUGUUUGGGGUGAAGUUUGUGAUUGACUACCACUUCGAGGAGAUCCAGAAGCUGAAGUUUGCUCUGUUUGAUCAGGACAAGUCGAGCACACAGCUGUACGAGCACGACUUCCUAGGGGAGUUCACGUGCACCCUGGGAGUGAUCGUGUCCAGUAAGAAGCUGACGAGGCCUCUGGUCUUGGGAAAUGGGAAGCCAGCUGGGAAAGGAGCGAUCACGAUAACUGCACAGGAGCUGUCGGACAACAGAGUAAUAGCGCUGACUAUGUGCGGAAGAAAGCUAGACAAAAAGGAUUUCUUUGGCAAGUCGGAUCCCUAUUUAGAGUUUCACAAGCAAGGCCACGAUGGGAAGUGGAUGCUGGUUCACAGGACGGAGGUCAUCAAGAACACGCUGGACCCCGUGUGGAAACCAUUCAGCAUGCCACUGGUCUCGCUGUGCAACGGAGAUGUAGAAAAAAGCAUAAAGGUGAUGUGCUUUGACUAUGACAACGACGGGGGCCAUGACUUUAUUGGGGAGUUCCAGACCACAGUAUCAAAGAUGUGUGAAGCACAGAAUUCAGCAGAGGUGGAGUUUGAAUGCAUCAACCCCAAGAAACAAAAGAAGAAGAAGAGCUAUAAAAAUUCUGGGAUCAUCAUUCUGAAGUCAUGCAAGAUUGCAAGAGACUACUCCUUCUUAGAUUACAUCCUGGGAGGAUGCCAGCUCAUGUUCACUGUGGGCAUCGACUUCACAGCGUCCAAUGGGAACCCAAGAGACCCCUCCUCCCUACAUUACAUCAACCCCAUGGGAACCAAUGAGUACCUGGCUGCCAUUUGGGCAGUGGGCCAGAUCAUACAGGACUAUGACACGGACAAAAUGUUUCCUGCUCUAGGAUUUGGAGCGCAGCUUCCCCCUGACUGGAAGGUGUCGCAUGAGUUUGCCAUCAACUUCAACCCCACCAACCCGUUCUGCUCAGGCGUCGAAGGGAUUGCGGAGGCGUACUCGGCCUGUCUGCCUCACAUCCGCUUCUACGGCCCCACCAACUUCUCCCCGAUUAUAAACCACGUCGCCCGCUUCGCGGCGCAGGCCGUGCAGCAGGAGGUGGCCGCGCAGUACUUCAUCCUCCUGAUCAUCACGGACGGCGUGAUCAGCGACAUGGAUGAGACGCGGCACGCCAUCGUCCAGGCCGCCAAGCUGCCCAUGUCCGUCAUCAUCGUCGGCGUGGGCAACGCAGACUUCGCCGCCAUGGAGUUCCUAGACGGAGACAACCGCAUCCUGCGCUCCUACACAGGGGAGGAGGCGGCCAGAGACAUCGUCCAGUUUGUCCCGUUCCGAGAUUUCAGAAAUGCCCCGAAGGAGACCUUGGCCAAGUCGGUGCUGGCGGAGCUGCCCCAGCAGGUGGCCCAGUACUUCAAGCAGAGAAACCUGGCGCCCUGCGGCACCCAGGCUGAGUGACCCCGCGCCUCCAGGAACACGCCUGUUGCCAAAAUCUUAACCCUGUUUACACAACACCAACAAAAAACUGCAUGAAUGUAGUUUUUACUUGGCUACCACGUCUUAUUUUUAAACUGCCCUAAUCCAAACACACACGUUUUAGAAGAAAACAUUGAAAAACUGGAGAAAAAAACUUAAGUCCAAUGACGAACACUACACAGGCCCAGACGUUCAGAGGCUUGAAAGGAAAAAUGAAUAAGUAUUGAAUGUACCUUUGUACUCAAGUUCUGUAAGAUUUUUUUAAAGAUUGUUUAAAUGCAUUUUAUGUGUCCUGUGUAGUUUAGUGAUGUAAUCUGUGCUUUGUCAAGUUAUGUUGGAUAUUUUAUACUGUUGUUAUUUUUGUUAUACUCUGGUUUAUCAGUCUAUAAAUCUUUGACACGACUGCG